CAGUAGAGGCGGACGAUGACCCGCAAUCACCCUACGCGUUCGGCUGGGUCUGCACUGAAGCGUUCUCUGCGGUUAAGGCGCCUGGUCCUCAAGUCAGCGCCAGGCGCCCAAACGCAGCCCGCGUGUCCCGAGCUACGGCCUCCAGCAGAGGGCGCGCGGGCGAACGGGGUGCUGAGGCCCGCGAGCUGCCGCCGCUCUAGCCAGAGCCUGGUCAUAGAGCCGCACUGCUUCCGGUCCCAUGGGGGCGGGGGAAGGAGCCGGAAGUCCGGUGGGCUCCGGGCGUCGAGAUGGAGGCGAGCGAGUACGAGUCUGUUCUCUGUGUCAAGCCGGAGGUCCACGUCUACCGCAUCCCACCGCGGGCCACCAACCGCGGAUACAGGGGAGCUCUUUGCCCAGGCGCCAGUGGACCAGUUUCCUGGCACAGCCGUGGAGAGUGUGACGGAUUCCAGCAGGUACUUCGUUAUCCGCAUUGAGGACGGAAAUGGGCGGCGGGCGUUCAUUGGGAUUGGCUUCGUGGACCGGGGUGAUGCCUUUGACUUCAACGUGGCGUUGCAGGAUCAUUUCAAAUGGGUGAAACAGCAGUGUGAGUUUGCAAAGCAAGCCCAGAACCCAGACCAAGGCCCCAAGUUAGACCUGGGCUUCAAGGAGGGCCAGACCAUCAAGCUCAACAUCGCAAACAUAAAGAAGAAGGAAGGAACUGGGAGUCCCCGAGCCCGGCCUGCCAGCACGGGAGGGCUGAGCCUGCUUCCCCCGCCCCCAGGGGGCAAAACCUCCACACUGAUCCCACCCCCUGGGGAGCAGUUGUCUACAGGACGGUCCCCUGUGCAGCCAGCAUUUGCUCCUGGUACAGGAGGUGCCACUGAAUCCUGGCCACAGCCCAAGCCUGCCACUGCUGCCACUGCUGACAUCUGGGGAGACUUUACCAAAUCCACAGGGUCGGCUUCCAGCCAGACUCAGUCCGGCACAGGCUGGGUCCAGUUCUGACCUGAGCACAGCCCUGUUUCCUCCCUGGACUUCUGGGAAGGCGCUGCCUCAUCUGGGAAGGAGGCGAGACUCCUUGCUGGCCCCUGGAGCACCACUCUCCCCUCCUUGCCUGCCCUUCUUGACAGACUGAGCACAGGGGGCAGUAAGUCAACACCCUGUCGCAGUGUCUCCUGGGAUUCGGUAUGCAGCCGGAACGCAGGAGAAGAAACGAUCCAGAACCCCUGUCCCCCUGUCUCUUGAUGUGCAGGAGACUCUGAAACUGGCCUGCCUUCAUCUCAGUGACCCGCAUUAAACACAAGCCCCCAAAGCAGCAGAAUGGAUUGAGUUUGCGCCUGGAUUCGGAUCAGCCCUCCUCAGGGUUGAUGGGUGUCCUGGGGUCUCUGUUGGGCAGGGGCUUUCUGCCUCCUGUUGUUGGUAGCCACUUAAGUCAGAGUACCUUCAAGAAGAGGGACUCCAUCCUGAUUUCUGCCAGAUCUUUAGGCCAUAGCUUGAACUGGCCAUUGGGAGAUGUUGGAAGGAUUAAGUGGCUUGUAAGAGAUUUUAGUAUUGUGCUUUGCUUUUGCUCCAACCUGCACUAACUCAUCUUUGCAGAAGGGAGUAUUCUGCUGGGUAGCUGCAAGCGAGGGCCUCUGAAGUCACUCCUCACUGCCAGCCGGCUGCCUGAGUGCCAGGUGGCAGUGUUCAUCUCUGCCCACUUGCCUAGUUUCUGUCUUCCAGCCAGGCAGGCAGCACAGGCCAAUGAAGGUGCUGGAAGCCAGGUGGGGCAGGGUCUGGUGGGAAGGUCUUACAGAGCUGGGUUGGCUCACUGCCCACUGCAGCCCCCUGGGCUCAGCUUCGCAGCGCAGUACCUGGUGGACUUGGAUUUUCUGUCUGGUGAUUUCUGAAGUGCCUUAUCUGCAGACAGCUUCUCACUUUCUUUUCUCCUUCAAGGACUGUGAAUGACAGAAGGAAGAAGAAGUUCGGCGAAUUCAGAGUCCAGCGUGGCCUGGAUUACUGAUUUAUCUGAGUGCACCUUUGAUGAUUCUUUGAGUUAACCUUACCUCGCAGUUGAUUUUUUUUUAAGGGUCAAGAACUUCAAACUGAAAAAGUACUGGCGUUUUUGUGGGACCAGAUUUUUAAGAUUAAAAAAUAAAUAUCUUUACUUCCGUCGGA